UGCCAGCAGCGGAAGUCAACGAAACGAAGAUUAACGUCACAACACGAACGUCCAAGAACGUUCGUUCUUUGCAGAACCUAAUCGCUCGUAUACGAAAACUUUAUGAUUUUUUUUUUAUAUUGAAAUAAAACAUAAAUAAAAAUAAAACAGCAUUGUAUUCCAAAACAUGCUGGCAACACUGGUAGAGUAUGGUGUGACACACAUAGAGCCUACAGCAGACAAUGGUGUGGCUACAGGCUGCUUUAUGUGGAUGCUGCAAUGUAGGGGGAUCACAGGGACUUUAGGUGUGAAUAUUGCAGGGGCUCCAGCCAAAACCUGUUGUGUGGACAAUACAGGCACCAUUAAUCUCCUAAUCUCUUCACUGAAACUGAAUAUAAUAGUGAAUAUGAAACACUUAUAAUCUCUUUACUACAAUACUUUACUGAUGGUAUUUGUAAUAUGGUAAUUAAAGUAGACAGGCUGUAUAGACAAUACAGGUGAGGGGUAAAACAUCUGUGAGGGCCGCCAGUUGUGGAGCAGUGUAGACAUGUAGACAUAUGUUCAUGAUGUUAUUAUGUGGUGAUUAGAAAUGAAAAUAAAUGACAAGAAGACCAAUUUGUUUUGAAAUAUAUAUAUUUCAAAUAUUUAUUUGAGAUAGUAUUGUAUUUAAGAAAAACAUAAAAUUGGAAGAGAACGCAAUCGCGUUUUGAAAACAUCUGAAAAUACUAGUAACACUUGUCUUUGAAGAAGAGGCACAAGAAGAACAAUACUAUUCACCCGUAUUGCAAACCUAUUGGCAUAUCAGAUAGUAACUGCAAUUUGAGUGUUGUAUUUAAGAAAAACAUUUAAAAUUGGAAAACAUCUGAAAAUACUAGCAACGCUUGUCUUUGAAGAAGAGGCACAAGAAGAACAAUACUAUUCACCCGUAUUGCAAACCUAUUGGCAUAUCAGAUAGUAACUGCAAUUUGAGUGUUGUAUUUAAGAAAAACAUUUAAAAUUGGAAAACAUCUGAAAAUACUAGCAACGCUUGUCUUUGAAGAAGAAGCACAAGAAGAACAAUACUAUUCACCAGUAUUGCAAACCUUUUGGCAUAUGCUUUCAAGUGUUGUUUCUAUUACUUUGACAGAUUGUUUUAUGGUUGCCAACAGUAUUUUGCAUUUUUGUAUAUCUUCCACAACAUUGGGAUUGUUCGGAUCUGGUCCUUGGUUGAUUUCUGUAUUGGAAAUCUCCGUUGGAGUCUCAAGGUCUGGCUGUUCCGCAAUACAAAGGUACAACACAUUUUGUGCUGCCAUACUUUCUUCUGUGAAAUAAUGUGAAAAAUAGUAUUAUAAUGUGAAAAAUAGUAUUGGUUAUUUUUGGCUAGCCUGCUUGGUAGUAAUCAAAUGCAAAGUAUGGUAAACCUACCUGUACUGCUAACUAAGAUGCACGGGCUGCUAGGUGCAGUGUCACAGAAUGUUUCCUCAUGGAUUUCUUUAACGUCUGAGGUAUCGCUGGAUUGUGGCUCGAUAUCUGGCUCAUUGCUUUCUAUUUCCUGCCUUUCUAUUCCCGUGCUUUCUAUUUCCUGGCUCUUAUGACCAUGCUCAUCAGACUCAUUAUGGUCGGUCUCUACAUCAUCAUCCUUCUCACUGGCACCAGGCACCGGAAUCUGAGGCUUCCGCAUAGAAGAAGAUGCAGAAGAAGAUGCAGAAGAAGAGGCACACCGUCUAUGAUUGCGAUGGGUUUGCAGCAAUUUUUUACGCUUGUCUUCUGCAAAAACAAAUUGAUUUGAACAUCACCAUAAUUCAACAUACUGUUGUGGUACAUGUUGCAGAGAAAAUAAUAAUGUAUAAUACUAAUGUAUUACUCACUUUUUUUAAUGAUCCGCCUAAUGGUUUCCAGUUGGUCUCUUUCGAUCUGCUAACGCCAAACUUCGUCUCAAGCCCGUGGAUUACUAUAUCCAGGAUAUGAUUUUUCCUUGUAUUGGGUCUGGAAUACUCUCCACUUUUACAAUCGUAAUCUUUUUUUUCCAUAAUGGAUACCAUGUGCACCAUCUCCUGUUUGGACAUAGCUGUAGCCUUUCUCCUGCCACCGUCAUCCUCAGCAGUAGGCCUUCUGUUCCCCCCAUCUUUCACACCUGCAUCUCUCUUUUCAUCAGUAUUUUGCAUUCUCUUAGCUGUUGACAUGCUUUUCUCACCUCGCACCUUUAUGUCUCCACAAUACUGCGCCCGUCUGUCUGACGUCGCAAACGGAAGUAGGCGGAGCCUGUUAGAAAAAACUACGAUAAAUACGACCGUUCGUUCCAGUGUUCCCUAGCAACGAACGGACGGGUAACAGUCGUGGAAACCUGGAAGAAUCUAUUCGUUUCAUCACGAAUUUUCGGCCACAAAGUACUCAUCACUUGGUAAGCAGUACUACUUUACUACAACCAAAUGCAAUAUUUAUGUUGGUAUUUAUUGCUUAUUUGUUUUUUGACUCAUGCUCCCCCUGUUUCCCACAGGUAACAAUGGAAAAAUUUUCAAACCCCGAGUUCCUGAGGGAAUUUAUUGAAUUGUACCAGUCUUUUCCAUGUUUGUGGAAAGUAAAAUCGGGGGACUACAUGAACAGGAUCAAACGUGACAAGGCAUAUGCAGAAUUGAUAAGCCUCUGCAAAUCUGUUUGCUCGUCGGCCGAUCUUCAAUAUGUAAAGACGAAGAUAGCAAAUUUAAGGACUGUUUUUAAAAAAGAAAUGAACAAAGUACAGGCCUCAAAAAAAUCAGGUGCCUCUGCGGAUGACAUCUAUGUGCCAAGAUUGUGGUACUAUGAUCUGCUAGUGUUCACAGUGGAUCAAGAGGUGGCAAGGGACUCCAGGUCCAACUUUUCAAAUCAGGGCUUGGAAAAACAACAAUCGACUGAGGCUAGCCCAGCAGAGGAUGUGACAGAUGUGACAGCACAGAGUAGCAGAGCUGCAGAUAUAGAAGUUGAGGACCAAACAGAACAUCUGGCCCAGAUUCCACAGAGCAGUACUUUGAUAGAAGAAGGUAGUCAACAUGAAAUGGCAGGUGCAAAGGGUACACAGGGUAGAAACAGAAAAAGAAAAAACAAUCCCUCCACACAACAGCUGUUACACGAUGCAGAAACCUUACUGAACAGAAAGUCUGAUGAGUUUGACGCCAUCGGGUUUACAGUUGCGUCCAAACUCAGGAGGAUGGACGAAGAGCAGCGGCAAUUUGCCGAAUAUAUCAUUAAUGAAGCGCUGCAUAGAGGGUUUAGGAAAACACUUCGUGAAAGCACAAGACUCACAGACUACACCACUACUGAUUACAGGAAUUACAACAGUUUUCCACAAGCACCAUUACAACAGUAUCCCCCAAAUGCAAACAUGCGCCAGAUAUGUACACCACCUUCCGCUACUCCAUACGAGCAGCAAACUACAUGGACAUCCAUGCUGUCACCUAUACCCCCAAACAAUGGACACAACAACAUGUCUAGCUGCGAGACGGAGAAGCAACAUUUGCAUUAUUCACAUCUGUGAACCAGCUAUUGUGGACCUGGACUUAUUAUUGUGGACCUGGGCUUUGUGCACUUUCUCAUUUUGUUUUUUUUGUAUAAUAGCUCUUAUAUUGUAAAACUGUUGCGUUAUAGUUGUUUUUGAAUUCCCAAUAAAUGUUUUUUUACUACUCACUCAUUCAAUGGUAUGGUAAUAUUAUUGUUAAUGAAAAAAAAAAAACAUUUACCUUUAAAUAUUCCGCUUUCAGUGAUUCAAUGAUGGCAUGACACGUUUCUGGAAUUAUGCGCCCCAAAGCCUGUGCAGAAAUUCCUGUUGAGAACUUUAAAUCUUCAAAUGACCUCCCUGUUGCUAGAUAUCGCAGUGUUGCAAUUAGUCUCUGCUCUGCAGGUAUUGAUUGCCUCAUACAUGUGUCUUGUUUGGAAAUCAUUGGUGCCACUGCUUGUAAUAGAGACGUAAAACUGCUCUCUGACAUCCGUAGGUAAUUGUGGAAAUCAUCAGGGUUUCUUUCUCUUUCUUCUUUCAAAAGACCCAUGUGGGAAAGCUUCUCACGGUUUAAAAGCCACCGUUUACUCCACAAUGAUCGCUUCUUUUUUUUCUUUUCUGCUGCUGCGAUUAAUAAGAUGAUUGCUAGCGCAGCUCUCUGCUUGUGAUCCAUAAACGAAGCCAUUGCACACAUCGUUUGUUGUUCGUCUCACACGAACGAACUUUCGGAAACAAAUGCCCAGCCAGCGACGAAGAAUGUCACAUCACUUCCUGUUUCCUGUAAAUACCGCUUCCGUCACGACCACGACAUUCGAUCGUACGUAGAUGUACGAUCGUACGUAUUUUACGAUAAUGAUGCGACAAAAUC